AUGCCCAUAAACAUGACGACGGCCGCUGCGUCACCGGAUGGCGCCAGCGGCAACAGUGCCACCGGCACCAGUGGCGGCCUGCGGAAGUCCCUCACGGCGGCCGGAUCCGCCGGAUACCCCGGUUCGUCCGCCAGUCCGAACGGUGUACGCUCCGGGCGCCCCGGAAGCGGCCUCAGCCUAAGCGUUCUAGAUUUGGCCGCGAUCCGCAAGAUACUGGAGAAUGAGACCGGCGGCGCCCUCUGCCCGAGCUGCCAGAUGCCGUUCGAUAAGGGCAAGAAGAGGAAGCUGAUCGACGCCUGCGGCCACGAGCGCUGCUACUCGUGCAUGUUCCGCAACGAGGCCUGCCCGCACUGCUGCCAAGCCGAGAAGGGGUUAGGGCCGCUCGCGCCGCCAGGAUCCCAGCCGACCGGCCACACGGCGGCGACGGCGGGGACGCUGCUGCAGCCACGCACCGGCAUGAUGCGCCGGCAGCCGGACCUCGACAGCAUCGAUAUGCUGUCUGCGAAUGGUGCCAUCUACCAGCCGCUGAGCCGCAAGAUGCAGGGCUACGGCAGCAGCACCCACCUGAUGUCACCGUUGGGAUCACCGCAGCCCCAGAACCGUUCGCAGAUGCGGACGAAUGGACACUUUUCAUCGAUCUACCAGAAUCCCGCCGAAGUGCUAUCAUCGGAGCGCUACAAGCUGAAGGAUCGGCCACCGAAAUGUCCUCCGGGAAAGGUGGAACCGCAGUACGCGAGCAUCGGCCCCGGCACCGGCACCGGUGGCCCCACGGCGGGAGCGACGAAGACAGCGUCCCGCGGCGAAGUCACGGCCGGGAGUUGCGCGACGCCACCGCAGAACCGUCGCCGGCUGUUCAUCCCGAAGAAUCUCCGCAGUCCGUUCGGGUACCGGCGCAGCAACGGCACCACGGCCGACCACUCCACACUGUCGGACGACGAAGGGGGCAACGUAAAGCCGCUGAUGCUGAACGGCAAAUCAAAGUCCUCGCAGGACGAACUGCAGGUGCGGCUGGGCUUCUUCCUCGAGAACAACUCGACGCGGCGCAAUCUGCGCGCCCCGAACCAAUCCUGCAGCUCGCUAACGUCGGCCAACACGAGUCCCGUGUCGACGCUGACCGGAUCGUCCGAGGCGGACGUGUCGCGGGUGCUGACGCUGCAGGAGCCCAACCACCACUACCACACCGGGUGCGAGUCGAUCGGCUCGAUGAUGUCGGUGUCCGUGUCGGAGCAGAGCAACGCCUCGUCGAGCCCGGUCAGUCGACGCCACUCGGUCACCACUUCCCAAAGCGGCAGCAACGUCGACGAUCUGCUGGCGUUCAAGGGCCGCCGGACGACGGUGCGCCGGUCGGCCCGUUCCGGCCAGAUCCGUGGUCCAAUCGAUCCAAAAGUUCGUUUCGCACAGUACCGUCAGCAGCAGCUGACCCUGAAGCCACUGUUCUUCGAGGUGCCGACGCAGGAACCGGACCCCCCAUUCGUCGGACGCCACUGGUUGGUGCGUGAGCUGGCCACGGCCGUCCAGUCGGCCGACUCGCCCGGUGUCCUGCUGAGCGGCAACCUGGGCACCGGCAAGACGGCCCUCCUGCUGCAGCUGGUCGAGUACUCGUGCUUCGGGCGGCGCAAGGAGAUGGCCAUCCAGGAGGCCGGCGAUGGGAUCUACUGCCAGAUCAACGUGGCGCACGAUCGGCUGCGCAGCUUGGCGUCGCACAUCGUGGCGUACCAUUUCUGCCAGGCGGACAACAACUCCACCUGCCUCAUACCGGACUUUGUGCACUCGCUGGCCGCCCAGCUCUGCCAGGCGCCGCAGCUGGCGGCGUACCACGAGUUCCUGCUCGGCGAGCACGCGCUCCAGCACGUGCUGAGCGUAAAGGAGUGCAUCGCCGACCCGGAGCGAGCGAUGGUGAUGGGCAUCCUGGAACCGUUGGCCACGUUGCGGCGGGUCGGUAAGAUCCCGCCGAAAAACUGCGCCAUCCUGAUCGAUGGGCUGUGCGAGGCGGAGUACCAUCGGCCGGACCACGGCGAUACGAUCGCGUCGUUCCUGCAGCGCAUGAGUGACCGGUUUCCACCGUGGCUAAAGGUGAUCGCCACCAUCCGGACGCAGAUGGCCGAGUUUGCCAAGGGCCUACAGUACACGAAGCUGAGCCUGGACGCGUGGACCACGAACGAGUCGCUUCAGAAGGACAUCCUCGAGUACGUGACGUUCCGCAUCAACCAGAGCGCAAGCAUUCAGCACAACGUGGCGGGCGGGCGCGGGGCCGAGAUCGUCAACACGAGCGCCCACUUCAAGUUCGCCCAGCACCUGCUGGCCCUCACCAAGGGCUCGUUUCUGUACGCGAAGCUCACGCUCGACCUGAUCGAGCGGGGCAGCCUGGUGAUCAAGUCGAGCAGCUUCAAGGUGCUUCCCGUGUCGCUGGCCCAGAUCUUUCUGCUCAACUUCAACCUGCGCUUCCCGACGGCGGCCGCGUACGAUCGGAUCUCGAACAUUCUCGCCGUCUGCCUGGCCGCCCUCUAUCCGCUCACGCUCACCGAGAUCUUCUACUCGCUCAACGCACUGAUCGCGAGUGAUCGGGGUCAGUUCACGGCUGGGGACGACGGCAUCGAGACCGAUGGCGGCGACGGCGACGGGGAUGGGAUCGAUUGGGACGAGUUUCUGUGUCGCUUCAAAACGCUGACCGGGUUUCUGGUGAAGCGCAUCGACAACACGUACAUGUUCUUCCACCCGUCGUUCAGGGAGUGGCUGCUGCGACGCGACGACGGCGAGUCCACCAAGUUCCUGUGCGACCUACGCAACGGGCACGCGGGCAUUGCACUGCGCCUGUCGCGCCUACAAGCCCCGCUCGAUCCGGAACAGGCACUCGAGCUGGGCCAUCACAUCCUGAAGGCGCACCUCUACCGGAGUGCACCGGCCCAGUCGCCGCGGGACCUGCAGGCGUACUGGGUAGCGUCCGUGACCGGGUGCGUCUCGUCCGCCCUGUCGACGCUCCGCAACGUGUACAGCCCGAACGUGAAGGUGUCCCGGUUGCUGCUGCUGGCCGGGGCCUCUCCCGACCAUCCGACACCGUUCCUCGGGAGCGCUCCGAUCCUGUGCAUUGCGGCGCACGAGGGCAUCCUGCCGAUGGUGAACCUGCUGCUCGAGUUUGGCGCGAGUGUCGAGCUGGCCAACAGCCAAGGCUGCACGCCGCUCAUACUGGCCGCCUCGAAGGGUCACUGCGACGUGGUACGGCAGCUGGUGGCGGCCGGCAGUUGCCUCGGGCAGACCGAUACCUCGCAGCGGUGCGCGCUGGUGCACGCGGCCAUCGCCGGUCGGUUGCAGGUGGUCAAGUAUCUGGUCGCCUGCGAUUGGCUGCCGCGGCGGGAGAGUGGGGCCGUGCCGGCCGAUGUGACGCUCGAGCAGGCCGCCCAACAGUCGCUGAUAGCGGCCGCAGGCCAGGGCAACACGGAGAUCACGGAGGACUUCCUGGAUAUGGGCGAGGUGCAGGUGAACCGGCUGGACGUGAUCACGGGUGAAACGGCCCUUACGACGGCGUGCGCCAACGGGCACACGGAAACGAUCGCCAUCCUGCUGAGUCGGGGUGCCUCGACGGAGGUGCGCAACCGGAAGGAGAUGACGCCGCUGCUGAUCGCCGUCAAGGAGGGCCACUGGGCGAUCGUCGAGCGGUUGCUGCAGCACCAGGCGCAGGACGUCGAGCUGACUGAGACGAACGGCAAAACGCCGCUGAUGGUUGCGGCCGAAGAGGGUCACGUCGGAAUCAUCGAGUUGCUGCUCAACCGAGGAGCUGCACUGACCGUGCAGGAUAAGGACGGGCUGACGGCCCUCAGUUGGGCGUGCCUGCGGGGAAAACAACAGGCGGCCAAGUGCCUGCUGGAACGCGGGGCCGACCGGCAGCACGCGGACAGCACGGGCCGGACGCCCCUCGACCUGGCCGCCUACCAGGGCUCGGCUUCGCUCGUCCAGAUGCUGCUCGAUCACGGGGCGCAGAUCGAACACGUGGACAUUAACGGGAUGCGUCCGCUGGAUCGUGCCAUCGCUUGCCGGAACGUGCAGGUAGUGCAGGUGUUUCUGAAGCGCGGUGCCAAGCUCGGUCCCGCCACCUGGGCCAUGGCCAAUGGGAAACCGGAAAUUAUGUUGAUUCUGCUCAACAAGCUCCUGGAGGACGGCAACACACUGUACCGGAAGAACCGGCUCCAGGAAGCGUCCCAUCGGUACCAGUACGCGCUGAAGAAGAUCCCGUCCAUCUGCGGUGCGCACGAGGGAACGCCCGUCGCAACCGAUCCACUCACCGGGGGACCACUGCUCACGCCCUCGGUGGCACUCGUUACGGCCGAUAGCAACAACAACAAUUCCAGUGCUGCCAACACGGCCACGUUCCAGCAGCUACGGUUUAAUUUCUUGCUCAAUCUGUCUCGCUGCAAGCGAAAAAUGAACGAUGUGGCAGAGGCGAUCGAUCUUGCCCGGCAAGCGAUCGAGAUUAAACCGAAUGCCUACGAUGGUUACUAUGCGCGCUCGAAGGCCCUGAUGGAGUACGGCAACUACACGGAGGCGCUGCGUGACGCUUCGACCGCCUUGGCGCGGGCCCAAACGACCACGCCCGAGAUCCGAGAUACGCUCACCCGGCUCCACGGCGAUCUGCAGAAGCGCCAGAUGCAGGUGAUUGCCGACACGGCCAACUCGGCCCUCGCCAGCGUUGGGCUAGUGGCGAUGGCGGACAACCGGCACAGUAGCCGCUCGAUCGCCGAGUCGAUGGACAUCAUCACCGAUCUGUAGAGAGGAGCGGAGCGGAUCGAUCAUUCAUUCCGGAUUGUUACAGAACCACUGGGUUCGGCCACUGGAAUGUUGCGCAGUUCCAUUUUAUUAUCUCCACCAGGGAGGGCCCUGAGCACGUUGCAAGUGUCAGAGCUCGCGCGUUGUACUAUAUAAACGUUUGUUUUCCUUCGAGUAGCUUCCAACUGCAGCUUCCAAGCAAGGCUCUAGAACGCAGCUCCGAGAUCGAGAGAUCGGUAUACGAGUAAAACACAGGCACAUUCACUUUUAGGUUUACUGCUGGUGCGGUGCGGCUAUAGGUAGGGGUCCCUUUCUUCUAAAGAGAGGCUGCGUGUAACGAAAACGAAAUUCAAUUUGAAACUAAAACGAGGUGAAGCGCGCGAACGAAUUUGGGAAACGAAAAAAAAGAACAAUUGGCAACAUGUUUUCGAACGAACAACGAGCCGGCCCGCGGACAAUGUUUCUACUUAAUUUAUCGACCAUCCAAUUCCAAAUUGUGCAAAGCAAAACGAAACCGAACGGCACACGAGAGAACGGAAGAGACACACAUUUACUUACUUUAUGUUUAGUGCGUUUUGUUCCGACCGACCGACCGAGAGCUGGGCAGAGUUUGACGACGAAUAUCACAAUCCUUAUUUAUAUGCAAACAUUUAGAAUACUUCAAUGUGCCCAAUGUUGAAACGAUACGGAUGGUGACAGGGCAGCCGGAGAGGAUGGGAAUGUUUGUUGCUUAGUAUAACUGCAAAAUGAACAACUUAAAUUAUAAUACAACGACCGCAACAAAACGCACUUGGUUCGAUGGAGCGAAACCUUUAAAAUAUGUAUCUUAAAGCGACACUGGAGAGGCGAGCAGGUGUAGUUGAUAAACAUCAUUUAAAUCAUAAUUACUAAGAAAUGUGCAACACAAACCCGAAUGUGGAACGGCGGAAGAAGCAGGGAAAACACAAACAUUCAGCGUUGUAACGAUAGCGUGUAGAAACUACUUUUAUGUCUAAGAAUAGGAAAAACCGUAAAAUAA